AUGAAAACACCCACUAGUGCAACGUCGCUUCUGCGGCAGCUGGUUCUCAGUCCCCAACGGUCUAUCCUUGAAUCCCUCAUCCCGGGGGCUACAAACAUGGCUACAUUUGCGCAGCAGCUUCUGAAAGGUAAAGGAACGACUUUUACUUACCUCGUGUACCUUAUCGGCAUCCUUACCGCGACGAAACCGGUUGCUAUCAACAUGACUUGUUGGUUACAAAAGUACUUCACUUCGACUGUUCAUAUUCAAUCCUCAAACGAAACUUAUGAUAUGUUGGCAUCCUGGAUCACAUCACGCGGUCUAGAAAAUGCCGCGAGGUCCUUCCUUGCAAAGGAAGGCCCUGGUUACUACAACGAGAAAAUUUCGGUCACCUGUCUAGGCAGAUCUUCAGUCAUUCUGAAAGACCUCUUGAAAGAGUGUCAGGAGGAAUACCUCAGUCAUAUUGAAAACAGUACAACCAUAUUUGGCCACUCUGGGGCUCAGUGGAAGAAGGAGAAGGCAAAAAGAACGAGGCCAUUGUCAACUGUUAUUCUGAGGGAAAAUGAGAAAAACUCCCUUAUCCAAGAUAUGAAAGACUUUCUCGAACCACAGACGAGAAGUUGGUAUUCUGAGCACUCCAUUCCCUAUCGACGCGGCUACCUCUUGCACGGUCCACCUGGGACAGGGAAGUCUAGCUUUAGCUUCUCAAUUGCUGGGGAGCUGGGUAUGAACAUUUAUGUCGUUAGCAUCCCCAGUGUGGACGAUGAAUCGCUAAAAACCCUCUUCGAAGAACUCCCAGAUACAUGUGUUGUUUUACUGGAAGACAUUGAUGCCGUUGGGUCGGUCUAUUGCCGCGAACUUGAAAGACCCAAUAAUGAUCUCGAACCGGGGAAAGAAAAGAAGGGAGUCACUCUUUCUGGGCUAUUGAACGUACUUGACGGCGUUGCUUCACAGGAAGACAGAGUUCUGAUCAUGACCACGAAUCAUAUCGAUAAAUUGGACCCAGCGCUCAUCCGACCCGGCCGAGUUGACAAAAAGGUCAAAUUCCAGCUUGCUGACAGGGAAGUCACCAUGCAAAUAUACAAGUUUAUCUUUGGUCAGCCAACAGAGCAGUCUUCCAAGAAGACUUCUCACGCGAAAGACGACCCUUCCAUUGAAAGGCAAGCCAUCGAGUUUGCGCGCAGGGUUCCAGAAGAGCAGCUUAGCCCGGCCCAGAUAAUAUCAUAUCUUUUGCAACACAGACACAUGCCAAGAGCUGCGUUAACGAAUGUUGGGAAAUGGGUAGAAGCCUUGCGGGCAGAGUCCGACCAGCACCGAAACUUUCUUGAGUAA